AUGGAGAUUUUCGAAUCAGUUGAAGCCUUUAAGAACGAUGUGGGCAUAUACCAACUUGGUCACCUGAAACUUCCCAUACACUCCCCAUACGCAAAAGAUCAAAUUCACCAGGCAAGAUGCCUCGACCGCUUCCCAGGUUGCAAGAAUCUUGAUAUCAGCAACAUCUAUGAACUGAAACCAUUGAGUGCAAAAGAUGAAGGUCCUCAAACAAAUCCCGCCUGGGCAGCAUACGAGGAUCCAGACCUCGAACUACAAAUUACUCACGAGGCGGAUAUACACGAACGCCUCAAACAUCGUCCACAACCAAUCGUUUUCUCAUACAAAGGAUACUCAAUGCCAUCGGAUGAUCAUCGGGUAUUUCCAAACGAUAUGGAUCAACACAUCAACAAAAAAUCAAUCCAUGUCAUUUUAGCAAACGAAUUGCUUCUUUAUGGCCGCCUAGCAUUUGAUGAUUCUACAAAACAAUCUUUGCAUGGAACACUCGGGGUAUUAUCCAUCUUAGCUCAUUGGGCAUAG